ACUCAGUAUAAUUAUUUUAUCAGAUGACCCCAGACGUGCACAAUGAUAAUGUACUGAACUGAAUUGGAAUAUCAUCUUAGAUCUGAAUGAAAUUAUUGAGUUGUUGGUUGAACUUGGUUAAUCCGUUUUUCAAGAGCUGAUCGAGCAUGGCUGCUGAUCGUCUGGAUCUUCUUGUUUUCGGAGCCACAGGUCUCACAGGAAAACAUGUGAUUGCCCUCAUCCAUGAAAUUGCCAGCUCAAGGUCACUUACUUGGGGCAUAGCAGGGCGAUCAGAGAAGAAAUUGGAAGCACUCCUCCAUCAAAAGGGAACAGAAUUAGGUCGUGAUUUCUCGCGUAUUCCUGUCAUUGUCGCAGAUGUCACUAACGAAGAAUCGCUGUUGGCCAUGGCCAAAAAGACUAAGGUGCUGCUGAACUGCUGUGGACCAUUCAGAUCCUUGGGAAGACCUGUAGUUGAAGCCUGCAUCAAGGCUGGCACUCAUCAGGUAGAUGUGAACGGCGAACCCCAAUACAUGGAAAAACUCCAGCUGGAAAAGCAUGAGGAUGCUGAAAGAAACGGUGUAUACAUUCUAAGCGCUUGCGCCAUAGACAGUAUCCCGUGCGAAUUGGGGAUACUUCACCUCCAAAAGGAGUUUGACGGAGUUCUGAACUCCGUCGUCACCUAUUUCGAGGAGAAACAGGAGGAAGAAAGGCUUCCUGGAUGCGCGGCCAACUACACCACGUGGGCAUCUUCGAUAACGGCUUCAUCGAAUUGGGGCGAAUUGAACAAUCUGAGGAAGAAAUUGUUCCGAACGAAAAUGCCGGUACUGCAGCCGAAGUUACGCAAGAGGAUAUUGCCAUUCAGAAACGAUUUGGUGGACGGAUGGAUGGUUCCUAUGCCAGGACCGGACCACUCAGUCGUAGAAAGGACUCAAAGAUAUUUCUACGAGACGAAAGGAAAGAGGCCCAUACAGUUGGAAUGUUAUUAUGCUGAAAAAGGCUUGUGGAAUGUUCUAGUGCUCGCCGUUCUAUUCCUCCUCUUCUGCAUCCUAUGUAGAUUCGAAUUCGGAAGAAGAAUGCUGCUAAAUUAUCCGGAGAUAUUCAGCUACGGCAACUUCGUCAAGGAUGAAAAACCGACGCAAGAAAAACUGGACAACACCGUCUUCCGACUAAUUCUAUGUGGAGAAGGCUGGACUAGUUCUGAAGGCAGGAACGUUAGGGACACUCAGUACAGCGAACUGUGCAACGGUCGUAUCGUUGGCCAGGUUUCGGGUAGAAACCCUUGGUACGGUACCACAGCCCUUUGCCUGGUCGCAGCUGGGGUUAUUGUAGCCACAGAAAGUAACAAGAUGCCGUCAAGGGGUGGGGUGUAUACUCCAGGAGCUGCGUUUGCAGAUACGUCUAUGAGGCAAUUAUUGGACCAAAAUGGAUUGACGUUCGGGAUUCUUUCCAAGAAAGCUAUUUAAUGUUAUUUUCUUACAAUGUCUCAUAUUGUCAUAUUGUAAUAUAGAAAAGAAUUCGAGUACAUAAAUGCAUGUAAGUAGUUGGCUA